AUGGCCUUCACCUUUGCCGCCUUCUGCUACAUGCUCACCCUGGUCCUCUGCGCUUCGCUCAUCUUCUUCGUCAUCUGGCAUGUGAGUCGUCGGCUUCCCCCCACCCUGGAAGGGGGGGACAUGUGGGGUGGGGGGUGAAGAGCUGGGCUGGGUGUGUGGGGAGGGCGGUGGGGUGGGGUGGGGGGAUGUUCCAAGCGGGGCAGGAUGGGGUGGGGGGCAUUUAUAGGCAACAGGACUGGGGUGGGAGGUUACAAGUAGGGCAGCAAGGGGUGCAUUUAAAUGCACCUGGGGGCUGAGGCAGAUCCAAGGGGGGGGAGGCUCUGUGAUGGGCUUGGGGUUCAUGGAGGGGAACAUCUAGGGUACCCCAGGGUGGGGUGGGGAGAAAGAGAGCAGGGUCUCUGGGGAGGGCAAGAGGCAGUGGGGCUGCCAGUGCGGAAUGAGUGGUUGCUUGGGAUGUUGUCAAAAAUGGGGGAAAUAGGGGUGGAGAGAUCAGGAAACUGGAGGGGGGCAUUGAGGGACUAAAUGGGAUUAGGGAGGUGGGGGCAGGGGACUCCUCAGUGGGACUCAAAGAAGGGGGCAGCAGCUGCCAAAGUGUGUUGGGGGGUGAUAUGAGACGGCAGAGUUUUCCAAUGGGGCAGGCAGUGGGGUGGGAGAGUAGGGAGGCAAUUGGGGUGAGAGAGGGGUCAAGCUGGGGCAAUUAAAAUGGAUAAGCAGUGGGGGGGGGUAGGGAAUGGAAUGAGCACAGGUAGGCAGUGUGUUGGGGGGGAUAGAUGGCAGUGGGGGAAGAUUGGAGAAGGUGAAGAUGGGGCUGGAGGAAACCCCACAGGGAGGUUUGGUGAUGGGGAAGUUGGGAGAGCUCAUCUCCAAAAGGGUUGGUGGCAGGGCAGUGAUGUUUUCACCCAAUUCCUGCUGUGCUGCAGGUCUUUUCCCCCAGUCCUUUGAACCCAGAGCCAGCCGCCUGCCGCCUGGAAGGAAGUAGAGAGGGGUUUAAGUCCAUAAGGCUGUUGCCCAGUGGUAGAGCGCAUGAGGGUUUUGGGAUGGGGUGGUGGCAAUUGCUUGAUCUCAGAUAGUGGGUGCUGGGGUCACUAAGCAAGGGGGGUAGAUGGUUCAGGGGGGCAAUGGCAAGGGGUCCUGGGCAAUGUGGUUAAACGCCAAAGAAAUAGCCCCCCAAAUGUGGGGUACUGUGAGCAGCUGUCUUAUCUGCAAAUCUGGUUUGUGGGUUUGCGGGACGGUUUGUGGGGUUUCUUUCUUGCUCCCUGCUGGAACGCAGGUGGGUUUCUGAAAAGAGGGGAGCAUGUGGGUGAGAAAACUGAACAGUGGGGGGGGCAUUUAUUUGGAUGGGUGGGGACAAGGUGUGGUAGGUAGAGAUCCCUCUGCGUUUGGGGGGUCCGUAAACAUGGCACUAGAGAUUUUCAUGGGUUUGGAUUGGGAAGAGUCGGGCAGUCGGCAUCUUGUAUACCAGGAACCAGUGUUUCUGUGCUACAAAAUCCAGCAUUAUUUCUGGGCCUAUUGGAGGAAAUUGAUACUCUUUUUUGGGGGGGGGGCUGUUACCGGGCAAAGAAUCUCAUUUAGGGGGACAGUGGGAGAGGAUUUCAGAAGCCAGCAGAUCCUACUUUCGCUCAAUCCAGCCACUACCUGCUGUUUCUUUCCCCUUCCUUCAUCUUCUUUGCUCUCCCUAUAGUUAUUAAGGUAUGUGGGGUUUUUUUGUGGCUGGGGAGAACUGCACCUCACACACGACUGCACCUCUGACUUGAUAUUGAACACCCUUCCUCUCAAUUUUGCCCAUUCCAUUGUUAUUUUUUCGUUAAAGAGGAAGAAGAAAGACAGUGGUGAGGAGGGUAGAAGAAUUUUUUGGGAUUGGUGGUGGUGGAAUAUGCACUUUUUUUUCUUGUGGGGCUCAGUAUCCUCUCCACCACCCCCUCCCCACACAGUUCUCCCUAUUAUUGCAUUUUUCUCUGCCUGAAGAGUCGGACAGAAAAUAGGGGAGGUUUGUAUUAAAAUAGCUUUGGUUAUCUAUCCGUUUGUAUUCCUCAUGUGCUUUUUUCUGGGACGACCUGACUCUCUGUCCUCUCUCUACCCCCCUUUUUUUUGUUCCUUCCUUCCUUCCUUUUUGGUGACGCUUCCAGGAAUCCCAGAAAAGAAAAGGGGGGGGGGAGAGAGGAACACACACACACACACACACACACACAUUUUCCUCCCUCUGUUCCAUCCAUCCCCUCCUAAUUUUGCUUUCCCUUCUCUCUCUCCCCCUCCCCACCCUCCAUCCGUAACCAAGGAACCUGGCUCUGGUUGCCAUGGAAACUACAUAUGUUUACAAAAUGAUGCUCCCUACUAAUAAUCCGGAUGCUACUGUCUUUUAACCCCUUGGCUGCUGCAGCCCUGUGUCUCCCUCUCCCUUCUUCUGCUCGUUGGAUGCGUUCUUCCCCCACCCACCCACCCACCCAUGCACACCCACACACAAACACACCUUUGUUGACAUCGAUAAGUCGGGGAGGGGGGUUGUUUAUUAUUAUCAAUGCGUUGAAAGGUUAGGGAAUAGUUUGGGAAAUGAGACUCACAAAUGACAAGUCGUGGCAAGGAAUCCUGAUAUGUGCGGUUUAGAACAGAGCGCCCUGCGCAAACCCUUCCGCAGCUCUGGUGCAUAAGACCACAUAGCACAGUCCGGUUACCUCCGUCAGGAGCUUCAAGCGUCAUCAGUCAUCUUAUGCCCUACCAGAGUGGCCUGGGGAUGGAGGCAGCCCCCAGGGGUGUCUGCUUGCCAUUGGGGCUGAUUGGGCAGCAGGCAGGGAGUCCGCCAGCAGGUGGCGCCAGAGCCAAUGGCAGGCAGAGCCAGCUGAGUCUAGUUUUGCCCCCCACCCUCCUUCUCCCUGCUGAAUAAUACAAGGGGCAAUGCUGAGACUAAGGGGGGUGGGAAGGAAGCUGACAGUCCAGGCCACCCUCUGGCUGUAAGUAAGAAGGUAGGCUGAGAGUAGGCUCAGGAAAAGGCCAUAGCUGCUUUGGGGGGGAUUCAUAAACAUUGAAAUGGGAGGGGAAAGGAAAGGGCCAUAGCUUAGUGGUAGAGCACCUGUUUUGCAUGCAAAAUCCAGGUUUGAUUCCCCACCUCUCUAGGUAGGAAUGGGAGUGUCCCUGCCCGAAAUUCAGGAGAGCUGCUGCCAGUCAGUGUAGGCAAUCCUGAGCUAUAUGGACCAAUGGUUGGCAUGGUAUAUAAUAAGGCAACUUCCUAUGUUCAUACAGGGGCUGGGGCUGUGCCCCCAAUUGCCCUACCAGAGUAGCCUCCCUUCCGUCAUGUUAGGGGCUGCUUAUAGGUGGUCAGGAUUUCGUUCUGUGCUUGUGUGCGUGGAAUUGUGUGGUGGGUGGGCAGUGAUGUGGUUAGGCGAUUUCAGAUUCUGGACUAAAUGUUCUUGUAAGAGGCUUGGUGUUCUCCUUAGAUGAAAGUGGGGGUUAUUUAAUACACUUCAGCAUGUGGUAAGCCAGCCCACCCCCCCAACCCCCCGCUGCAUUUGAGAAGGCCUUCCCAGACAGCACCGGAUUCUCUCAGAAGAAAUUACACCAUGUGCAUCAGGUGUGCCGUUCCCAAUAUGGCAUCCCAGCCUGCCCUCCUCUCUGUCUCUGCCUCCUACGCUCAGGUAUAAUAUGCACAGCUAACUGGCAUGGCUUUAAAGUCAUAGCCAGGCUUAAAUUGAAAGGCAAAAGUGCAAUCAAGCAUGUGCAGAGCACCUUUGGUCCGUUCCCCCCACUGAGGAUGUUUGGAGAGGGAGCUUAACUCAGAACUGCGCCGUAGAAUAUUUUCUGUGCAGGAUGUUCCAAGGGUAAUUGAGCAUGUGCAGAGUGUGUUUGCUUUUUCCACCGAGGGAAGGCCCGUAGUGCAGCAGUAAAGCAUCUGUUUUCAGGUCCCAGGUUCAAGCUGCAGCCCCUCCAGCUAGGGCUGGGAGAUCCCCCUGCCUGAAACCCCAGAGAGCUGCUGCCAGUCAGUGUAGACAGUACUGAGCUAGAUGGACCGGUGUUUUGGCUCAUUAUAAAGCAUUUCCCUCUGUUGCUAAGGGAGAGGGAGCAGAACUGCCCUCCAUGCAAAACAUCCCAGAUUCAGUCACAGGCCUCACCUGUGGAAAGAUGACAAAGAAGACCUCUCUCUCUGCCUUAGAGAGCCACAGCCGGCCAGAGUUGGCAGUACUGGACCUGAUGAAGCAACAGAGGCUGCUCAAUAACCUGAUGCCUUAAGGCAGCUUCCUGCAUUUCUAAUCAAGCAAUACUAAUGCUUUGUUCCUAAUAGACAACAGGGGGCUGAAAGGUCACAGAAUCUAACCUUGUAUAUAAGACACACCUCUGUGUUCCAUCCUGUGUUUGCCGAUGAGACUUAAAGGGCUUUUCGAACUUCAAGCCUUGUGUGAUUUGUGUAAGCCAAAUCAAUUGUUUUCGCAGAACCGAAAGCAGAAGGUGUGUUGGGUGUGUGGGGUUGCAACGCAAGCGAGUCUUCUGACCAAUUUAUUCCUGGGACAUUUAUUCAUUUAAUAUACACCCCCUUGCCCAGUUCUGCUUGGAGCACAGGGCUGGCUUGCACGGUUCUCCUCCUUUAAUCCCCACAACAGCCCUGUGAGGUAGAUUAGGCUGAUAGCCAGUGCUUGACUCCAAGGUCACCCCGUGAGUUUCGUUCAUGGCUCAGUGGGAGAUUCGAACCCUGGCCUCUCAGGUCCUGACCCGACACUCUACCCACUAACAGUGCACCGGCUCUCAUCCCUGACCAUUGGCUGUGCUGGUUGAGGCUGGUACGGGUUCGAGUCCAGCCACAUCUGGAUGGCCACAGGUUCCCCAACCCAGACUAUCCCACUCUCCUCCACCCCCCACUGAAGCAGGAACUGCUUGGAGCCUCGUGUGUGAAGCCAGGGAUGACAGCUAGCUGGGCAUGCAAACGGAGACCUGCCGUCUCCGUUAAGAAAAAUAGAAAAAGGACCUCUGAACGCUGGGAUCAGUGGAACUGCUGGUCUGCCUCUCCUAUGUGCGUCUAUCUCUUUCCACCCAUCUGUGAUUAGUGUGGAGAGACUCCAUCUCAGAGUACACGAUGUGCGAGGCUGGGUUUGAAGUCCGCCGUUUCUCAUUUUGAGGAGCAUUGGGUCGCGGUGACAUGCCAGUUGCGGCAAUCUGUGCCGUGGUCUGGGAAUGAAUUAUAAAGCGGUGGUGGCGGCAGCGGUGGUGGUGGGCGCAGCCCUCUGCCUGCUUCUUUAUAAUACAUUUGCCUUAGACCCACCGGUAAGGGGGAGGCUCGGCGGAUGUUUGCAGGGGGAGAAACGAAAAAGCCAUGUGCUCGGCCGGCUUGCUGGUGAGAGCAAGUGUCCUGCUUACUAGGCUGUGGGGGCUCUCCUUUCCCUCUCCAUCCUUGCAAAGUCAGCAUGGGCCGCCUCUCGGGAUUUGCGAGCCCGGGGAGUCAAGCGAGUCGGCUCACCGCAAGCCACCAGGUCAGGCAAGUUGACUCGCAUCCUCUGGUUCACUCUGAGAAAAGCCGGAUUUCAGCUUCUGAAACAGAAAGCGAGGGCUGCUUCGCAGGCCAGAUAAGACAACAAAGGUGGGGGCUGGGAAAGGAUAUCUGCUUAUGGACAAGACACCCCCUCCUCAAUCCAAUUGGUACCACCCCACACUGGGCGUCUGUACAUACCUUUGCCACUUCAAAAACACUUGCUUCCUCCACUCACACGUUGAACUUUUAAGCCACGGAAGCAGUAAUGGCUGCCUAGUAGUAUUCAAUGCGUCCUAAGCUUCUGGUCCUCAUGAGGUAGGGGAAAUUCUUACGUUUCAAAUACACAUCAUGCAUUUGGAGCACACCCUGCCCUUGCCUCCCCCCAAAGGACCCUGGGAACUGGAGUUUGUUAAGGGGGUGCUGGGAACUGGAGCUGUGCAAGGGAUGCAAACUACAGUUCCCAUGAUUCUUGGGUGGGCGGAGGAUGUGCUUUAAACGUCUUCCUUAUUUGGGUAGCUUUGAAGCCUGCACCCUGCAGUCGUUGCCGGAAUAUUUAAGGGUUUUUGCAGGUGUGCAGGUAGCUCACUAAUCUGCAUCUUUCCCCAUCAAUCCCUGUUUUCUUUAUUUCCAUUUUUUACAUUGUCUGAGGGAAGCAGGUUGAGGUGUGUUCUCUCCUCCUAGAAAGAGCCCCUCUGCUCAGGGUUUCUGCCUAGCCGCAUUGCUGCUGGUGCCCAUUGGGGCUGGUGGGGCAGAGGGCGGGGGAGCCCAAAAGGGGGCGGAGCCAGAGCUAGUGACAGGUGGAGUCCCUCCUAUUCUCCCCCUCCCUGUUGAGUUCUUCAAGGGGCAACACUGAGGAAGAGGAAGGUGACAGACAGUGCCCACCCUCUGGACGGGAUGUAAAUGGGGCAUAAGAUUCCUGCAUUGCAUGGCAGGGGGGGUCCCUUCCAGCUCUCCCAUUCUGUGAUUCCAAGGGGGGCAGGCAGGUGGGGGCUGGCCCAGGGCAAACUGAACGGACUGGCCCUUAUGAACCAGCCUCUGCUGCCUGCAGGAUGCUAUAAGCUCAAACAUGUUUGUUAUUACAAUAUUUGUAUCUCACCUUUCCCUCAAGGACCUCGAGGUGAUAGAUAUGGUUCUCACCCCUCCUAGUUAUCCUUAGAGCGACCUUGUGAGGUAGGUUGGACUGAGAGAUGGCGAUUGGCCUAAGAUCGUUUGGAUGUGUGGAAACUGGAGCUCAGGACUCCCGGGUCCUAGUCCAACAUGUUUCCCCCACCUCCAAAGUUUUCAGCCUUCUACCCCCCCAAUUCUGUGAGUGAUGAGGGUGCUUGAAUCUUCAUUGGGGUGUUUUGAGGACGGGUUGCCCCCUUUGUUUAAAUAUUUCUUUUCAUUCCUUCAGCCCUCGAGGUUCCCUCCAGCGUGCUGAUAUCUCUCCCUCUUAUGUCUCAGUUCUGCAGAUUUCUUUAAAAACCUUCUCUUCUUGGGUGUAGAAAGAAAAAUGAAAGGAAGAGUGAAAUGUUUGUUUUUAUUUUAUUUAACAACCUUUAUACAUUACUUGAUUGUAGUAAAACCUCCAAAUGGGUCGCAAGCGGUGUUGAAAUUAUCAAUAAAAAGCAGUGAAAAGCAGUGAAAAAUAAUUAGAAGUAAAGGAGAUUAAAACAGGUCAUCAGCUGCCUGUCUGGAUAGGCUUAAGCAAAACUGCUUUAAGCAGGCACCAAAAUUAUUUGUUAGUGAAUGUGGUAAGUACAGUUUUGCAGGCCCAUCUAUCGCAUGCAGGCAUGCUUGUAAUGGAACAAAGUCAAACGUGGUGUGGUGGACUGUUAGGAGUGUGUCUCCAGGACUUGGAAGACCAAGUACAAAUCUGUCUUCAGCCAUGAACCAUGCUGGGUAACCUUGCGGCUAGAUCUCUCUCAUCAUCAACCUCAUAGGGUGGUUGGAAUAAUUUUUUAAAAAGAAGGGCAAACUGUGUGUGCGCAACCCUUGGAGCAAAAGUGGGGUGAAUAAAAACGUAACGUAAGCAGAUCCUUGGUGGCAGACCCUGGUUUGUGCAAGAUGUUUGCACCUGAAACAAUACACAAGUUAGCCAUGGUUCCAAGGUAUCCAGUUUCAACACAUAGAGUCACAGAAUGGCAGAGCUGGAAGGGACCCCGAGGGUCAUCCAGUCCAACCCACUUCAAUGCAGGAAUCUCAGCUAAAGCAUCCCUGGCAGGUGGCCACCCAACCGCUGCUUAAAAACCUCCACGGAAGGAGAGUCCAGGUAGGUCUGGGGAUGCCCAUUGCGGUGGAACCGACGGCCUGAGUCAGUAUAAGACGGCUUCCUAUGUUCUGUUGGGGAAGGGCCAUGCGUGGCUCAGGGGUGGAGCACCUGCUUUGCAUGCAGAAGGUCCCGGGUUCAAACCUUGGCAUCUCCAGGUAGGCAUAGGAAUGCCUCUUGUACGAAACCCUGGAGAACCACGGCUAGCCUCAGAGACAAUUCUGAGCUAGAUGGAGCCGUGGUCUGAUUCAGGAACACAGGAAGCUCUGUUUAUCCUGUGUUCUCAUCUUCCACGAAGGUGUUCUGCGUGGUAUGUGGUGUGUAGGGUUUCUCGCCUGUCUCCCAUUUAACUGUCCUGGACCCAUUUUGCCCUGUACAUGUACCCAGAAACUCCAGAACAGCUCUUGUUCACAUUUUAAAACGAGACUCCCUAUUUAUUCCAGAAAUUUAUUGGCCGCCCCCCACCCCGCAAAGCCCCCCAUUCUGUUUAUGGCAUAGUAGCAUAGUAAACAACAUAACGUCAUGUACGCAGCAUAAUGUCCGUAAAACAACGUUUAAAAAAACAAAACAAAAAUUGUUGCGCCAAUACAAUUCACCAUAAGCAAUUCAUCUAUAAGCAGCUGCGCCAAGCCGUGCGUCAGGCCAGCCCAGUGAUAAACUCCGCAACGUGGCCCCUGCGAAACGCAAGUUGUCUAAUAACAUAAAUUAUCAUCUAUGCUCAGGUGCAACUAAAAACAUACGGCAUAUUUAGCGCCACCAGCAGCAGUUUGAAAAAUAGGGUUUUAGAAAGCCAGCAGCCGCAAGACCAAAAGCACAAAGGGUGUUCAAAGUGUGUAUGCUUGAACACAAUAAGAGCUCUGGCUGGCAAGCAAGACUCCGACAAUUUCUUUGAAACUUGGUACCCUUUUUUUGGGUAACGUUCUCCGCUGGAAAUCCCAACGUAUUAUUAAUCUCUGUUCCACGGAGGGGGGAACAAUCUGGUGGGAUUUGUUUAUUUGUCGUUUUGAAAAACCAGUAAAUCUUGAAAAACCAAAAUGUGCAAACCUAGUUCUAAGCACAUAACGGCAGACCCUCUGUCGGCUCUCACUUGGGGGCUUUUCCCAUGUGGGAUAAUUUCCUGCGGCGGUUGGGGGCAGUGGGUCAGGCCCAUGCCAGCCUCUUGCUUUGCCACCCUAUGUGCCAGGCUGUGUAAACAGCUGCCCCAUCUCACUUGACAGAAGGGUCUGCUUUGCCGAAAGGGUGUUUUAAAAUAGAGCCUCUCUGUGUGUGUGCUUGCGCGAUGGGUAGCAAAUCGAUGUUGGAAUGAUCUUGUGAACGUGCCCUUGGAGAGCUCCUUGCCCGCUGGGUAUGGUUUUAACUUGCUGGGUCCCCUCAAUUGGCAGCUGUUGUUGCCCUGGCAACCAACCGUACCUCCCAGGUCUGUGCGGUUGAGGUGAAAAAGACUCUGCUGUAUUUAUUUCCCCCCCAUCCCCUCCUCCAUCAUCUUCCCCCCUCCUUCCCCAUUGGGGGCAGGUUCUCGUCUCAGUGGGAACAGGGGGGAGCUGUGCUUCUACGGGGGCGGAUGGAAGUAGAACAGCAACCAAGCUCCCAGGCCUUUGAUAUCCGUUCUCACUGUGGGGCGGGGGGGGGGGUGGAGAGAGAGGAACAGCUUAGUCUGAAAGUAAUGAUACGUGGGGGCACACGUCGCCCCCGGUUUUGGUCGCUUUGGCUCCAGAUUUCUCAGCAGCGAGGUGAUAGGGGGACAACAGAGAGAGAGAGGUUUCUUCGCGAGGAAAGAGCAAGGGCUUGUGGGGGGAAAUGCCAGGUAUCUAGGCAAAUUUGUGUUCCCGGAUGCUGAAAAACCAGCGGCAGAGAUGACGGGGGACAUCUUUUCAAGAAAGAAAUGCAAAAGGGGUUUUGGGUUGUGCAACUUUGGCAGCCCGGAGAGGCAGGAGGUGGAAUGGCUGCCUCAGAGAUUCAUAAUAAAACUCGCUCCCAGGGCUGUCGUACGCGAAAGGGGAAUCAUGUGUAGAACUGCUCAUGAAAGUGUGAGGUCAUUCAUGGGUUGUUUGCGUCAAUUUUAUUCAUGGAACUGUAGAGUCGGAAGAGACCCCUGUGGUCAUCUAGUCCAACCCCCUGCAAUGCAGGUAUCGCAGCUCAACGAUUCCUGGCAAGUGGCUGCCCAACCUCUGCUUAGAAAUCUCCAAGGAAGGAGAGUCCACCAUCUUCUGAGGGAGUCCGUUCCACCGUCAAACAGUUCUAACCAUCAGGAAGUUUUUCCUAAUGUUUAGUCGGACACACUUGCCUUCACAAAAGAGCUUUGGGUGGUGUCUGUGGGUGUCUCCCCCCCUCCAAAAAAAUUCUAUACUAAUAUCAUCCUUGUGAGGUAGGUCAGGCUGAGAGGUCCCUGCGUUUGUUCCCCAGCAUCUCCAGGUAGGACUGGGAGAGACCCCUGCCUGAAGCCUUGGAAAGCAGCUGCCAGCCAGUGUUGACCGGUGGUGGGGAAUUUAAAGACCAAGGGCCACAUUCUGCCCUCCCAGCCUUUCUGUCCAGCACUCUGGACUUUCCUCAGCUCACAACACCUCAGUGGUGUAGCAUGGGUUGCUGGCAUCCAGGGCGGGGCAAGUUGUUGUGCUCCCCCCCCCAGUGGACUGGGCAACUGGGGUGGGGGCACACGCCAGGGAGGGGGAACGGUGCCCACUUCCAACAAGCUCCUUGCCCACUGCCUCCAUCCACCUGCUCACUAGACCAACCCUCCUGCUGCCUCAGCUGCCAGGGCUCUGUGCCUGUUGUGGAGGCACCCCCUAAAAAAGGUGUGCCCAGGGCACCCCCCACUUUGCCUCUGCUUCAUACCCUCUUUGAGGGCUGUGUCCUUGAACUGUAAUAAAACAUCCUGCUUGCCUGGAAUGAAGAGCAGUGGGUGAGAGGGUUUAGAAACCACUGGUUUUCCCCUGGCUGUAGCUUAAAAGGUAAAGGUAAAGGGACCCCUGACCAUUAGGUCCAGUCGUGGCCGACUCUGGGGUUGCGGCGCUCAUCUCGCUUUAUUGGCCAAGGGAGCCGGCGUACAGCUUCUGGGUCAUGUGGCCAGCAUGACUAAGCCGCUUCUAGCGAACCAGAGCAGCGCACGGAAACGCCGUUUACCUUCCCGCUGGAGCGGUACCUAUUUAUCUACUUGCACUUUGACGUGCUUUCGAACUGCUAGGUUGGCAGGAGCAGGGACCGAGCAAUGGGAGCUCACCCCGUCGCAGGGAUUUGAACCACCGACCUUCUGAUCGGCAAGCCCUAGGCUCUGUGGUUUAACCCACAGCGCCACCCGCGUCCCGGCUGCAGCUUAGCCUGCUAUAAAAAAAAGGAAAGCGUAGCACCUGUUGCUCUGCCCAUCACUGACGGGCAGGCCCAGGGGGGUGUGCCACGAGGCAAUGCAGGUCACAAAAUGUCCCCACCUCUCAGGGCCCUUCUGCACUAUGCAUUUGAAGCAGAACCAUGGCACUUUAAACAACCAUUCUCCCAGAGAACUCUGGGAAUUGGAGGGUGCUGAGAGCUGCCCCCUAUUCUCUUCCCAGUUGUUAAAUUACUCUGUGAACUGCGAGAGGCAUAGGGGUCUCCCCCCACACACACCCCAGGAUUCUUCGGAGGGCGGCAGAAAGCCAUUGCUGUUCAAAGUGGUGCUUUAAAUGCAUACUUCAAAUGCACACAUUGACAACACUGAGCUAGAUGAGCCAGUUUUCUGACGUGGCAUGAGCCAUCUUUGUAGGGUGGGUGGCCUAAGAAAGCCAGAAGUGUCUGGCAGCUGGAUCAGGCCCAUCUCGCCCAACGUCCUGCUCUCACGGUGUCCAACCAGAUGCUCCACCAGGAAGCUUGCAGGCAGGACCCCUGAGCACAGCAGCCGCUCUCUCGCACCUUGCGAUUCGCAGCAACUGGUCUUCCGAUAUUGGGGGUGGUGCACGGUGGGGAGGCUGGUGACGUGUUUCAGAGUUUGUUAUGGAAUCCUGAUUAGUCUGCACAACUGAGCGAAUAUGCUUAGCUUAGCUGCAGAGGAAAGGGGAGGAAAAAUAAGAUAAUUUCUGCCCAGGGCUUCGUUUGAGUGAGGGCUCAUGGGCAUUCUCUUCAAGGUCUGGGUUUGGUUUCCUCCCCCUCCCUUUUAAUGCAAGUUCCUGAAGCAUGUGAAAUAAUCAUGCUUUAUGAGCUCUGGGACUUUGUUGUCCAUGAAGUGCAGCGACCUGAGAUGGCCUUUUAAAAAGGACUUUGACAACUUUGCAGAAUCAACUGCUUUUGGUAGUGAUUAGAGGAGAAUGGAGCCUCUCCUCACCUUCAGAGGUGUGUUGGAGAUAAUAAUCUUGCCCCUCCAGCUUGCCAGAUUUACCAGACUUUGGGAUAGCAAGCAGGAGAGCAAGGCGGCUGCGUUGAUUAACCCUCCCCUCCCCAGACGAGAUUUCCCACUGACACCCAGUGUUAGAAAUUUGGAUAUAUAAAGGUAAAGGGACCCCUGACCAUUAGGUCCAGUCGUGGCCGACUCUGGGGUUGCGGCUGCUCAUCUCGCUUUAUUGGCCGAGGGAGCCGAUGUACAGCUUCUGGGUCAUGUGGCCAGCAUGACUAAGCCGCUUCUGGCGAACCAGAGCAGCACACGGAAACGCCGUUUACCUUCCCGCCGGAGCAGUACCUAUUUAUCUACUUGCACUUAGGGGUGCUUUCAAACUGCUAGGUUGGCAAGAGCUGGGACCGAGCAACGGGAGCUCACCCCUUCGCGGGGAUUCGAACCGCCGACCUUUUGAUCGAUAAGCCCUAGGCUCUGUGGUUUAAACCACAGCGCCACCCGUGUCCUUUUGGAUAUAUAAGCUAGGUGCCAAAUGGCUCCUUAAACCCAGGGUUGCAGUCGCCAAAACAGAAUGCCUAGUUGCCUUUUUGGGGCCAGGCGGCUCGAAAGUCAUAUUUUCCAAUGUGACUUUUUGGUUCCUGAAAGUCAUUCCGAUUGUGCAGAUAAAAUAUAACUGGCAGAAUUCUGCUGGAUGUGUUGCUGUAGUGUGUGAAAACAGUCCAGAUCCAAGGAUCCCCAGGCAGGAAACUCCAGAUAGUGGAGAAGUCAGGUGCCAUGCUGGCUCACGGGCAUCUUCACUUGGCUGAUAGCAAGUUACAAAAUGUGCCUGGUGAAUUUUGAAUGAAUUUUGACACCCCAUCCCUGGAAUGCCUUUUGUUGUUGUUGUUGUUUAGUUGUUUAGUCGUGUCCGACUCUUCGUGACCCCCUGGACCAGAGCAUGCCAGGCACUCCUGUCCUCCACUGCCUCCUGCAGUUUGGUCAAACUCAUGCUGGUAGCUUUGAGAACACUGUCCAGCCACCUCGUCCUCUGUCGUCCCCUUCUCCUUGUGCCUUCAAUCUUUCCCAACAUCAGGUCUUUUCCAGGGAGUCUUCUCUUCUCAUGAGGUGGCCAAAAUAUUGGAGCCUCAGCUUCAGGAUCUGUCCUUCCAGUGUGCACUCAGGGCUGAUUUCCUUCAGAAUGGAGAGGUUUGAUCUUCUUGCAGUCCAUGGGACUCUCAAGAGUCUCCUCCAGCACCACAAUUCAAAAGCAUCAAUUCUUUGGCGAUCAGCCUUCUUUGUGGUCCAGCUCUCACUUCCAUACAUCACUAAUACCAUGGCUUUAACUAUAUGGACCUUUGUUGGCAAGGUGAUGUCUCUGCUUUUUAAGAUGCUGUCUAGGUUUGCCAUCGCUUUUCUCCCAAGGGAGAAUGCCUAUUAGGCUUGUGGAAAAGUUUCAUGGGCAUCUAUAGAACUUCCUGGGGUUUUUUUUGUUUGGGGGGGGGGAGCCUAAUUGUUGCACAAGGAGGGAAGCUACGAACCAUAUCUGGCUCCUGGGAAGCAGGUUUCGCACCCCGAGCUAUUUGUAUAACAUAGGAAGUUUCCUUCUGCUGAGUGAGACCAUGGGUCCAUCUAGUGCAGUGCUUCCUACACUGACUGGCAGUGGCUUUCCAGGGUUUCAGGUAGGGGGUCUUUUUCAGCCGUUCCUGGAGUGCCAGGGAUUGAACCAGGGACCUACUGCAUGCAAAGAUGCCAGUGAGCUACGCCCCUUUCCCAUAAGGUAGCGGGUGAUGGCAAGCACCUUUCUCUGCACUGCCAGGCCCCUUCCAGGCAUCCAUUCUUAUUUUUCAUUCAUGAUGGUUUGUGCUCCUGAUGGUAUCAGGGCAGUUAUAAGCCACAUUUCCACAGUAUUUGUGUCUUGGACAAGGGCACCUCCGUCAACUCACAGAAAUCUCCAGAGUAAUCUGCUGAGACAAUGAACGUGACAUUACCUAAUGCCUGUGAUUGAUCUCAAUUUUUACGCGUGAUUUGUUAAAUAAAUCACCUCUGUGCGAAUGAUACAUAUCUGCACAGGGAAUGAAUGGGGAAUAGGAGGUUCUUUUGAGCCGCGCGGUUUAUCUGUCUUUAUUGCCGAGGCUUUAUAAAUAAAGACUAUUACAAAACAACAUUUCUCCCUGUGGAGGUUUUGGGUGUCUGUGAGUAUUUCGGUUUAAAAUCAGUGUCUAGCCUGUAACUUUCUGCACCGCAAAUGUUCUGCAGGUUGUGUUUCUUUGCCCCACUUUUGUUGUGUGGUAGUAGCCUCUCUAGACAACAGUGUUGUGGUAGCGUUGAGGAACUGCCACAGAACAACAGAUGGAAUAAAUCAACCACUAGUGUGGUGUUGUUGUUGUGUCAAGGACAUGCUGCAGAAUUAAGGUAAAGGGACCCCUGACCAUUAGGUCCAGUCGUGGCCGACUCUGGGGUUGCGGCACUCAUCUCACUUUAUUGGCCGAGAGAGCCAGCGUACAGCUUCCGGGUCAUGUGGCCAGCAUGACUAAGCCGCUUCUGGCAAACCAGAGCAGCGGACGGAAACGCCGUUUACCUUCCCACCAGAGUGGUACCUAUUUAUCUACUUGCACUUUGACGUGCUUUUGAACUGCUAGGUUGGCAGGAGCAGGGGCUGAGCAACGGGAGCUCACCCCGUCAUGGGGAUUUGAACCGCCGACCUUCUGAUCGGCAAGUCCUAGGCUCUGUGGUUUAACCCACAGCGCCACCCGCGUCCCUUGCUGCAGAAUUAUACCCACAAUAAAACCCCAGCGUGGAGGGGCCCUCUGUCAGAACUGAUAGUACACGGCAGAGAGGGGGCUCUCGGAGGUUUGGGGUGGGUGGCGUGGCCUGGCAGGGGCUGCCACAGAGAACAGCCCUCUAAGCUGUGCGAUUCCCUCACCUGGCACCCUCACAGUACAAAUUUGGGUGAAUGCUCAAGACGGGCCUCUGUUCUCAGGACCCACCCUGCUCCAGCGACUGCCAACUGUUCUUGUUUUUGAAAUAACCUUUAUUAAAUAAUAAUUGUUGCAUGUUGAACAGGGGGAAAAUGACAAGCUAAGGAGGUUUCUGCCCCAAAAUUAAACAGUAUAUAAAUUUUACGAAAUACAUAAACACCCCACUCUUUCCCACCCUCCCCAGCCUGAAGACAUUGCUCAGCUCUAAAGAGAAAUACCAAUAGUUUACAAAGGAACGGGCAUGCAAAGGAUCCAAAAGUUGUUAAUAUUGAUACAAAGGAAAAUAUUAGCACAACCAUAUAUUACGGAAUGAGGCAGGUACAGUUUGUCUUGUAGCGUCUCUAUGGGUGUUAAAUAAAUGGGCAGUCCCUCAGGGGUUUCUAGCUACACAAAGUUUUUUGCAUCAGUUUUUCAGGAAGUGCUAUGUCCCAAAUGACAUUAUACCAUUUUUUGUACUUUUUGUACAUUUAAACCCUUUGCGUCUUUCCAAUUCCUUGCUGUUGAUACUAUUCUUGCUGCCACUAAGAAGUCACCAAUUAAAUGUUUAUAUAAUGACCUUUUGGUUGCAUCCUCUGUCAUUUGUUUUGGCUGUUUUUAAUAGUGAAUCUUAAAUUGUUUGUUAACCUGCCCUGGGACCUGCUAGAGAAGGGCAGGCAAUAAAUUUAUGAUUGAUAACAAUUCUGAGCUAGGUGAAGCCGUAGCCUGGUCUCCCAAGGCAGCUUCUGAUCGUUCUCCCAUUCCGGUAACAGAUGGGGGAGCUGUCCAUAGUCCUGAAUGUUCAGAGGCAGCCGGAGCUCAAGUGAUUUCCUGCUCUUAGUUCAUCCUCCGAUGGAGGUAGAAGACUACGACAUAAAAUCAGUGGGUGGUAUCCAGCUAAAUUCUGCUCAGAGUAGACCCCUUGGAAGUAAUGCACCUAAGUCAGUCAUCUUGAUUAAUUUCAGUGGGUCUACUCUGAGUAGGGCUAACAUUGGAUGCAACCCAUUUAAUCUGAACAUAGAAUUGUAGAAUUGGAAGGGGUUAUUUAUUUAUUUAUUUGUUAUUUAUUUAAUUUACAUACCACCCUAUACCUGGGGAUCUCAUGGAGGUCAUCUAGUCCAACCCCCUGAAAUGCAGGAAUCUUUUUGCCCAACGUGGGGCUCGAACCCAAGAUCCUGAGAUUCAGAUUCUCGUGCUCAACGGACUGAACUAUUUAGCAGGUAAAGGUAAAGGAACCCCUGACCGUUAGGUCCAGUCGCAGACGACUCUGGGGUUGCGGCGCUCAUCUCGCUUUAUUGGCCGAGGGAGCCGGCGUACAGCUUCCGGGUCAUGUGGCCAGCAUGACAAAGCCGCUUCUGGCGAACCAGAGCAGCGCACGGAAACGCCGUUUACCUUCCCGCCGGAGUGGUACCUAUUUAUCUACUUGCAUUUGACGUGCUUUCGAACUGCUAGGUUGGCAGGAGCAGGGAACGAGCAACGGGAGCUCACCCCAUCACGGGGAUUCGAACUGCCGACCUUCCGAUCGGCAAGCCCUAGGCUCUGUGGUUUAACCCACAGCACCACCCACAUCCCUGAUUUAGCAUGUAGUCAGUGUUAAAAUGGGCCAGUGACUACAUAAUGAUUUGUGUGGGGUUGACUGAUGCCCUGCUUUCCCUGGAGUCCGGGGGGGGGGCGGAGAGAGAGCUUCCUUUUGGCAUCCUGUUCUGAUUUCUGGAUGCACCAGAGCUAUUCCUUUUGGUGGGAUCAGCAUUUCUUUGCUGACUUCCGCUGUCUGCUUGUCUCAGACCAUCAUUUGUCUGUCUGGGUUUCUUGGUUUGCUGAAUUUCUGUCUUCUCCCUCCUCCAAUAAUGUCGGUGACACUGUGUGUGAUGGCGAAGGGGGCUCCUAUCAAAUUAUCCUGACAACAACCUGUGAGGUAGGCUUCAGUGGGGAGAAAGCAAUUCGGCCAAAGCGCUGGUGAGCUUUUGUCCCUGAGCAGGGAUUUAGAUUUGCAUCCUCUGGGUUGUCUCCAACUGAGUUCUACUUGGGAGUAGACCCAUUGAAAUUAAUGGACAUAACUUAGCCUUGUUUAUUAAUUUCAAUAGGUCUACUUUGAGUACGAGUUAGACUGGAUACGGCCUUCUGUGCCCAAACCCAGCAUUCAAAACUGCUAAACUGUGUUCACUGGAGAACCUGUUAUAAUCUGUAGCUUAUAUAUUUUUUAUGCAAGAGCUAAUUUAUUUUAUUGGCUUGAUUGGUUUGUCUUUCAAAGCGUACAUCCUGCCUUUUUGCACCAGGUGGACUCAGAGUGGCUCACCAUGUAAACACCUUAACGGGGUAUGAGAAAUAAAGAAUUACCUCCUGCUUUUCCUUUACAGCCGUGGUCCCUGCUUUUAUCCCACAACAACCCUGUGAGGUAGGCUAGGCUGAGCAAUAGUAACUGGCCCAAGGCCACCAGCUUUGUGACUGCCUAUUUGAACCGAGUGAUUGCAUCCAGUCCUGUGUGUACCAGUUUCCCUGUCCGGCAACAGGAGUUCCUCUCCCCACACACUGUCAAGAUCUGCACCCAGGAUCCUCCAGCCGCUCUGGAGCAGGUCUUGAGGGGAGGGAAUGUUCAGGGGAGAGGAAGGGAGGUUUAUGUUGCACAAGCAGAGGUCUGAGAGUGGAUUUAGGCAGAAGGAAUGAAAGGGAAAUGUGUGUGAGAGAGAGGAAUGUGUUUGUGCGUUAUGAUGCGCCUGGUCUCUCCUCACACCUAACACUUCUUUUCCCCAUCCAAAUCCAUAACUGUGUUUUCUCUCUCACACAUAUUUGCAGUCAACACCCUCCUAUUCAAAGUUUCCUCGCUGUGCGUCUCUGUCUCUCAUACACACACACACACUCUGGACACUCGCACGGGUUGUGAUUCAGUGCUUCUGCACAUGCCCAAGCGCCAAAACCCAGAAGUAACCCGUUCUGGUACUUCCAGGUUUGACGCGGUGCGCAACCUGAAAUCGUGCAACCCGAAGCUUCUGCAACCCGAGGUAUGACUGUGUGUGUGUGUGUGUGUGUGUGUGUGUGUGUGUAUACACACACACCAUAUUUUUCUCUGUAUAAGACAAGGUUAUAUUCUUAAAAAAUUAUGCUAAAAAUUUGGGGUCAUCUUAUACACGGAUAGUGGAGAGGUGGGAUGGGCGAUUGGUGGCUGCUGUGAGCAGGAGAUUGUCAACACUGUUUUUGCAGGCAAUUGGCGGGUAUGUCAAGAUCCGGUUGCUGCUGCAAUCGAUUGUGCGAUUGGCUGUGGCGAUCCUGCUGGUGUCUCCUCAAAAAAAGCUCAACAAGUCUGGACAAUCCCCCCCCCCAUUUUCUCAAAUUGGAGUCCCAAAAAGAGGGGGCAUCUUUUGGGGCAUGUUAUACAUGAAAAAAUGUGUGUGUGUGUAUGUAUGCAUACAGUUAUUUCUUUCACUGAGAGACACACUACCGUCACUUCUUCAGAUAGGUGCAGGGAAAGGCAGUGUGUGUGAACAGACACGGGUUGGGGUGAGAAAGAGGAAAAGAGAGGUGUGUUUGUGUGUAAGAAUUAUAUGGGGUGCAAAUGUGAAGGAAAAGGAGGAGAACAGGAGGCCAGGGCACCUCCAUUUUGGUGUGCCCGGUCCCACUUGUGUAAAAACAGUUGGAGUAGCUCAUUUGGCAGAGCAUGAGACUGAAGGAUUUGGGUCCCAACUUGGGCAAAAGAUUCCUGCCUCUCUGUAGGGUUGGGCUCCACAAUUCUGUGUGAGAACGUGAGGAGACAGUGUUGUGGCUGGCGAGGAGGGAGCUGUCUGAGAGAAAAUGGUGCCAGUGAAUCACAGAAAUGGCGAGUGUGCCGGGAAACUCUGAAUCCGACGCUCCAACCAUUGCCCCACGCUGCUCCUUCUUGCCGGAGUGCAGAGAGCCGCUUAAAGGUUCUGCCAGCACCACCACUGCUCCUUUUUGUCGCCUGCAUGCCUGUGGGGAGGGGGCUCCCUCUGUCUCUUGAAAAUUGUUUGUUAAAAAUAUUCCAUUAAAUUCAAAACCGAAAAUGUCGUCUUAUUAGAAGGUGUCGAUGAAGUGAAGGCACUCUCUUUAAGCAUCUCAUCGCUCCCAAUUGAUUUCUCCUUCUAAACUCUGCAGCUUAAGAAAACUUAUCUCAUUAAGAAUAGUAUACUAUAUCAAAAAAUAAAAAUAGAAAAUAGUAAAUAGGAUCAAGAAUGCAUGGCAAUAGCUCCAAAAGAAAUUCUUCAGCUGAUGAGGUCUUCCGGAAAAUAUUUUUCUUUUAGAAAUAAAUCCUUAAAAAUGAAACAAAAAAACCUGCAUCUAAUAUUACAGAUGCAACGUGAUUGUUCUUAAAUUCCCCAUAUCAAAACGAAUGAUAGUGGAAAUCUUAUUAAUAAUCAGUAUAAACCAAAUAUUUUUGGCACUGUUCUCCUGUGGCUGGAACUAUACUUUUUUUGUUUUAGCUUUUGGAGUUUUUAUUUUUAUUUUUAUGGAGCUUUUGAGCAACCAUAAAGCAUAUUUACUUGUGGGGAGUUGCGUUGCAGGGGGUUGGACUAGAUGGCCCUUGCGUUCCCCUUCCAACUCUGCAAUUCUACGAUUCUAUCCCGUACGUACUGAUGUCAUCACUUCAAUCUGCAGACUUUGCCCUUCUUCAGGAGUCAUGCAAUGAUCAUUCCAUGUUUAUACGGAGUUUUUUCUUAAGUGUGGCCUGUCCUUUGGAACUCACUGCUGAUUGACCCCAUCUCCAUUUAGACUUUUGUGGGAAAUGUUUCUAUUUCAGCGGAGUCUAUCCAAACAUGUGAUUUGGUUACAUCUGUUUUUCAAUUUGUUUCAAAUGUUUUGUUUUUUUAACAGUUUUUUAAACAUUUCAGUUAUUUUAUUUUAUUGUUAUUCUUUCUUUUUUUAUCACUGCCCUAUCAUUAGGUGUGUUUGCCAUCCUGGGCUCUUUUUGGGAGAUAGGAUAAAUAAACAGAUAGACAGAUAUUUUUAAAAUAACUUAUGAAUAACAUAAGAAGCAUCGGACGUUAAGGGACCAGGAUAGGAAAUAUACAAGAACACAACACAAAAGUUCUUUUCCUUCAAUGACAAUAAGGCAAAAGAACUAUGGGGUUGAAUAUUUUCUUGGAAUUUAUCGUUCUACAACAUCAGAAAAAUACUCCAUCGCUCUCUAAACUUGUUUGGCUGUUGAUCUUCCGACCUGUUUUCGUAGUAUGUCAAUUUAGGUAGCUGUAGUCUGUAUUUUUUUUUUGAAAAACCAAAUAAUUUGGUGCCAUGUUCUCCACUCCUAAAGCUGGUCACACUACAGAUCCCAGCAGCAAUGAUAAGAAGGAUAACCAUUUCCAAAACAUCACCAAGGAUUAAACCUUUUAGAUAAACAUAUUUGGGUUUCGUGGCAAUUUGGGGGUCAAAAUUCAAGGUUCACCCAGAAACACAAUUGGUUGUUCCCUGCCAUAGAACAUAUUGACACACAAUCUAAUAUUAUGCGAAUUGACACCCCUUCUGGCUUGUGGAUUCUUUAAUCCAGGGAUGGAGAAAUUUGGGGGAACCUUCAGAAGCUGUUGGACUUCAAUGCCCAUCACCCCCAGCCAGCACACCCAGUGGUCAGGGAUGAUGGGAGUUGGAGUCCCACACUCUCUGGGAGGGCCACAGGUUCCCUGAUUUGAUCUACCCUCCCGAUUCUCACAUUCCUCCGCACUCAGUGCAAGGGGUGUGCAUUGCGUACAUCCUCCUCUUGCCGUUGCCUUUUAGACAAACACGUUUACUCAGACACGGCUAUAGCCGUAUUAUACAGAGGCCCAGGCCAUUGGCCCAUCUAUCUCAGUGUUGUCUACACUGACUGGCAGCAGCUAGUCAGGACUUCAGCCGGGGGACUCUCCGAACCCCCCCCGAGAUGCUGGGGAUUGAACCCGGAACUUCUACAUGCAGGGCAGAUGCUCAGCCACUGAGCUACAACCCUUCUUCUGUCUUCCUGCCAUCCAAAUACAGUGGUACCUUGGGUUAAGAACUUAAUUCAUUCCGGAGGUCCGUACUUAACCUGAAACUGUUCUUAACCUGAAGCACCACUUUAGCUAAUGGGGCCUCCUCCUGCUGCUGCUGCUGCUGUUCUCAUCCUGAAGCAAAGUUCUUAACCCGAGGUACUAUUUCUGGGUUAGUGGAGUCUGUAACCUGAAGCGUCUGUAACCUGAAGCAUCUGUAACCCGAGGUACCACUGUACAUCUUUUUAACGGCAGCCCUGUCCCCAGGACUUUGACCACCUCAUCCUCUUAAAUUCCCUCCCCCCCCCAACUACACAGCAAAAAUCUUCCACUAUUAUUAUUUUUUAAAAAUAAACCCACCCCAAUCUCUUGCUUACCCUUAUCUAGGGAUUGGGGUGGGGUGGGGAAUCUGAUUCAGCUUGCAUUUAGCAGGCGGUCCUUCCUAAUUUCUGAAACAAUAAACGAACCGGAGAACAGCCAUCCUUUGGGAUUUGCACAUCUCCAAAUUCUGCAGCUGUAUGUCCUCCAGGCAUGCGACGCGUACGAAAGCACACAUAUUAGGGUAACGUGUGCGUAUAAAUCCAUACAUUAAUGAAAACGACAUAUAGAAAACAAGACUGUAGGUUGAAAGGCAUGGCAUAAAUAAAUAAAUGCUCUAGAGACAGUUGCUUGCACAAAUGUGUACAUUAAGGCGUUGCAGAAAUGUGCACACUGAGAGAAAAUUCACACGAAAAUGCUGGUGAAUUUUCCCCUCCCUCCCCCAGUGCAAACUGAUGUGGAAAUGUGGAAAACCUAAGAUUUGUGGGGGGUGGGACAAGAUCCUGCAUUUGACUUAUUUGCUCUCCUUAAUACUGUGUUUUUAUAUCGUUUUCUUUCAAGGUCUAGGUUGGUGACCUCAGGAAUCUCGCCCUCCUCUCCCUGCCCUGCCCUCUCCUGUCCCCCGGGCAUAUUUUGGGGUAUUUGGUGGCCAGUGAAGGAAGCAGAGGUGGUUAGGAAGCUGGGAGAGGAGGUUGGGGUAGGAAGCGAAGGGACCCAGGGCCAUGGAAUGUUCUCCUGUUCCGAACGGAGGAGAACGCAGCGUGCAAGUGUCGCUAGGCAACCCACUACAGGCGCCUGUAGCGCACGGUGUGCCUUUGACAGGUGACGAGUGCCGGUUCAGUCGUGGCUGUCAGAGGAACGGAAAAGGGAAGAGGGAGACCUUAGUGAAGCAGGGAGGCGUUCUCUCUCCUCGGCCCAUAGGUGUGCAGGGAACACUGUUGGCCAGAGCUUAGGACAUCAGCAGGACUGUGGAAAACCACUGCAAAGGGGAAUGGCCUAUUCAGAUGGUCCCUCCAGACUGGCGGUGGGUUAUGUGUGUGUAUUCUGCAACAAUGCAAUUGGCAUACUCAUAAUGCAAUAGGGGAGCCAGUGUGGUGUAGUGGUUAAGAGUCUCGUAAUCUGGUGAACCGGGUUCGCGUCUCUGCUCCUCCACAUGCAGCUGCUGGGUGACCUUGGGCUAGUCACACUUCUCUGAAAUCGCUCAGCCCCACUCACCUGACAGAGUGUUUGUUGUGGGGGAGGAAGGGAAAGGAGAAUGUUAGCCACUUUGAGACUCCUUUGGGUAGUGAUAAAGCGGAUAACAAAUCCAAACUCUUCUUCUUCUUCCUCUUCUAGGGGAGGAUUUUUGCAGAUUGUUCCAUUUUAUUGAUGGUGUUUAUAUCGCUACUCUCUCCCCCCCCCAAAGGAGCUCAAGGUGGCGUAAGUGGUUCUCCCCCUCCUAGUUUGAUCCACACAACGACCCUGUGAGGUAGGUUAGGCUGAGAGGCAGUGACUGGCCCAAGGCCACACUGGUGAACGUUGUGGAUUUGAACCUUGGUCUCUCCCAGCUGCUAGACCGACACUCUAUCCCAGGGGUCAGCAACCUUUUUCAGCCGUGGGCUGGUCCACCGUCCCUCAGACCAUGCAGUGGGCUGGACUAUAUUUUGGAGGGAAAAAAUGAACAAAUUCCUAUGCCCCACAAAUAACCCAGAGAUGCAUUUUAAAUAAAAGCACACAUCCUACUUAUGUAAAAACACGCUGAUUCCCGGACCGUCUGCGGGCCAGAUUUAGAAGGCAGUUGGGCCACAUCCGGUCCACGGGCCUUAAGUUGCCUACCCCUGCUCUAUCCACUAUGCAGCCAUUGGAGUUGUUCUGCGGUGCUUCCCGCAAUGUUAAUUGCAUUGCAUCGGGCUGGACUAGGGGUCCCUUCCAACUCUACGGUUCUAUGAUUACCAUCUGGAGGGAGCUCUCUUGCACUGCAGUGCAACGGAAGCAGGAUAAAAUAACAGCAGCAGCACCCCCAGAACAUUUUGACUGCCUAAGGACUAGCGCUCAGAUAGUUAUUUGUGUGUUUCAUCUUAAAAAUUGCAUAUUACAUUUGAUUGGAAGAAGAAGAAGAAACUUCAAAGCAGUUUACAAAAAGGAUACAGAACAAAUAUAUAUAAAUUCAAUAAACAAACAAUAAUUAUAAUACCAAUGAAAUCACCAAUGAAAACAACCGUUUGAACAUUCCAAAGAUAAUGGAAAUCAACGAUAAGAUAAGAACCAGAUUAAAUUACAUGCGACGUUCUAUAUACCUAGGUAAAUGGACCCCUGACCAUUAGGUCCAGUCGUGGCCGACUCUGAGGUUGCGGCGCUCAUCUCGCUUUUUUGGCCGAGGGAGCCGGCGUACAGCUUCCGGGUCAUGUGGCCAGCAUGACUAAGCCGCUUCUGGCGAACAGAGCAGCGCACAGAAACGCCGUUUACCUUCCCACCGGAGUGGUACCUAUUUAUCUACUUGCACUUUGACGUGCUUUCGAACUGCUAGGUUGGCAGGAGCAGGGACCGAGCAACGGGAGCUCACCCCGUCGCGGGGAUUCGAACCGCCAACCUUCUGAUCGGCAAGUCCUAGGCUCUGUGGUUUAACCCACAGCGCCACCCAUGCCCCUUAUAUGCCUAGGUAGGCUUGCCUUAAAAAAAUGCCUUUGGCAGAGUCCGAAAGCAGUACAACGAAGGUGCCUUUCUAAAUGUCAAUAGGCAGGGAGUUCCAAAGUGUUGGGUGCUGCCACACGAGAAGCCAAUCUAGGCAGCACCUGUAACAGGGCUAGUUCUUCAGAGUGGGCAUAUAAGGCGUAAAGGGGUUUAUAUGUUUGGGUAAGGCAAAUUGAGUUAGCAAUUGGUAUGUAUAUAUGAGAGUUAGUUAAAGCUUCCUGGCUGAACGCUGUUGUGGAUGCUCAGGGCUGCCAUCAAGGAGGGUAUAGGUGAGGGAGGCACUUGUACUGGGCCUGGUCUCUGGAGAGUCCUGGCACCAGCACCACAACACAGCUGCCCCACUUACUUGCAAAUUGCAUUAGCUGACCCAGCAGGAGGAAUCCAUUUAACGCAUCCGGCAGCUGCAAGGACAAGUUUCAGAGCGAGGCGAAGCAGCCCUUGAAGGAGCUCAGGAGAGUCCCUCUCGGCCCAAACCCAACCCUCUCCACUCCAGAGAAAGAUGGCAGGCCAGGCUUGUUCUCAGGAGGGGCCACUCUGCCCCACGGCUGCUUCCCCACUUAGUUGUGAGCUGCACGAGGCAAGCAUGUCAAUUCAGCUACAGUUAAGGAAGAGAGUUGGUUUGUGCACCUUUGUGUAUGUGAGCAGGAAAAUCUGUAUCAUCAUCCUCUAUACAGCCACAUUUGUUUGCAUGUGGUAUAAUUUGUGUGUGUAUGUGGGGGUGUUCAACAAAGUUUUAUCCAGAGUAGACCUAUUAAAGUUAAUGGACCUACGUUAGCAGUGCCAGAUUACCAAACAGACAGAGUAGGCACCGGCCUAUGGGACUCCCGCCUUUUAGAGGCCCCGCCACAAUGGAUCAAAAUAAUACUGAUUUGAUCUUGAAAGAAAAUAAAAAAUGUACAGUGGUACCUCAGGUUACAUACGCUUCAGGCUACAUACGCUUCAGGUUACAGACUCCGCUAACCCAGAAAUAGUGCUUCAGGUUAAGAACUUUGCUUCAGGAUGAGAACAGAAAUCAGGCUUUGGCGGCGCGACAGCAGCAGGAGGCCCCAUUAGCUAAAGUGGUGCUUCAGGUUAAGAACAGUUUCAGGUUAAGAAUGGACCUCCGGAACAAAUUAAGUACUUAACCUGAGGUACCACUGUAUUAGGAGAUAAUUUGCAAAGGGCCCCCCGAGAUUUCAUCUGUCUAGGGGCCUCCUCAGGGUUUAAUCUGGCACUGUACAUUAGCCAUCUCCAUUACUUUCAACAGGUCUACUCUGGGUAGGACUAACAUUGGAUACAACCCGAAUUCCCCCGCUAGUUAUAGGAAAGAGCAUAGGCUGUGACUUUAUACCAAGCUGGACGAUCCAUACCUGUAGCUUAAUAUUGUCCAGUUUGCACCUAUCACUAAACCAUGGUUAAUGUAAACCAUGGUUAAAGGUGAGGCAUCUGGCAGACGAUUAACUAAACUUUGGUUCAUUGUGUCACAGAAUAGUUUAAAAACGACAACAACCAAGCCUUGAGAGAGGUCUGAACUUUUGCCUCCCUUUUCUCACAGCUCUGUAGAUUUUGGGCACUGAUGGCUCCUUAGCCAUAGUUAAAGAGGUCAAGGUCUGUGAUCCCACGUAUUGCUAAGCCAUGGUUAACCUUAAGUAUGGUUGAUAAGCCAACUAGAAAACCUCGGUUAACAAGCUGCUUUUAACCAUAAUUAAUGAACCUUAGUUAAGAUGGUGGGCUGGGUUCACACAGAACAAUAAGCCAUGGUUUCAUAAAUCACAGUUUAAUAAACCAUGGUUUAGCAUUCUCCAGGGUACUUUUUCCAGGGUACUACUUUCUUGAGCCUACUGGAGAUGCUUGGGAUUGGGCAGGUGGUCUCCCGCUGAGCUACAGCUCCUUCAAGAAGACGGAGCUCACACAGGCAGCCCUCUCCCCAGGUUUUCAUGUAGCCCUCAUUCCAUGUAUAAAUGUUUGAUUCCAUUGCCAGUGUUGGCUGGCGACCAUUGGAACCUGUAGGGCAAAAUGCAGGGAGCCCAACAGCAGGUGGCGCCAGAGCCAAUGACAGGCAGAGCCGGCUAAUUCUAGUUUUAUCCCCAUCCUCCUCCUCUUUAAGUUAUUAAAAAUAACCUAAAAGCUUUUGCUGGGCUCCUUUGCCCAGACUGCCAGGAGAACUCUCAAGGGGGCUGUCAUAAUUAACAGUUCAACACUGAGAUUAUGGAGGAGGAAGCUGACCAGCUGGGCCAACUCCUUAAAGUAAGUAAGUAAGAAGGCAGGCAGGUAGAGGCUGGCUGAGACCCCAAAUGGGCCACUCUCCAAAGCACACAAUGCCUUUACAAAGGAUCAGAAGGCAAAUCCCUGCUCCUGAGGAGCUUACAAUCAAAAAUCUGAUGACAACAGAGGGGAAAGGACGUGCAUUUCUAUUUAUGUGGACUCUGGCAGAGUUCCAAGUGGAAGACUAAGCGGUUGGCCGUGCCAAACAUUUCAAAGAACAAUAAUGAAUUUUUAAGAGUGGUAAAUGACGGAUUAAUGCAAUGUGUGGUGUUGGGACCCUGUUCCCGUUCUCCAACCACUGGAACUCAUUGUUCAGCAAGCCCUCUGGCUUCUGAGAGCACUGAUAAUGCAGGCUGACGUCUUCAGUGUUACCUAGCGUUUUUUAAAUUCAGAUUCUCAAGAAGCUAAUAGCUGUCUUGACUUUGUAUACUCCCCCCCCCCUUUCUAAAAGCCCUCUAAAGCUAAGGCCGCCAUACAUCUAGAAUUCCCUGGACAUAACUGAGAUUUUAAAGGCGGAAUUGACAUCCGGGGGGGGGGGGGUUUCGAAAGGCUGCCUUUUGCCCUAAAAUUGCAUUUUUUUAGCUCAACAACUUUUGGGGUGUCCUGGUUUUUACUUUUUGACAUACGGCAACCCUGUCUUAAGCUAGCAGCCACCAGCAGCUUGCCUCUUGUGGCAAUGAGUCCCAGGGGAUGUUGCAAUUGCGUAAGAACCUCAGCUCUCAGGGUGCUUUUUCUGUGGUGGGCAGAGACCCUCGAUCGAAAGGCUCUGCCGCUCAGCUGGUGCUGAUGGGGAGGAGACACCUAGCCCUGUGGGCGGCUUCGGCACAUGCCAACCGAGGCCUGGGGGCUCUGAGCCAACAUCCUCCCCCCCCCCCACUUCCCCAUCCCCGCUCUGGAGACUUUGUCACUCUGAAGAUCUGGGAUGACUCACCCGGUUUGGCUGCUUGCUGUAGGCCUCCUUGUUCCUGAGAAGCUGCUUUGGGUAGGAGACCAUAUGGCGCUGAAGAGAGGAAUGGAGGCACCAGGGGUCGGCACGUUAAGGGAACCUUCUGGGUAAUUAAAUCCGCCCCCUGAGCUCUGUGAAAGAGGCAUGACGUCUGGAAAUUUCCUCCGAGAUGCUGGAAAAGAAACAUCGGAGCAGAGGAUCUUGUGAUUUUGAAGGCCGGGGGAGUUACGCAUAGUGGGAAGCGAGGGGUGAACUGGGCAACCAGAGAAUCCUAGGUUAUGGCAGCACAGAUCAGAAUGAGGCCUUCGGAUGGAAAGAAAAAACUGACCUCUUUCUCGGAGUUUGAUUAAGACCUUUAGAGGCCCUAAGCACUGAUGAGAUUAUGGUCCGUCCCCCCCAACCCAGAUAUAAUUCAACCAAUGCUAAACCAUAAAACAACCUUUUUUUGUGAUGAAGCGAUAUGAAACUUACAGGCAUUCCCAAAUUGAAAUACAGUGGUACCUCUGGUUACAAACUUAAUUCCUUCUGGAGGUCUGUUCUUAACCUGAAACCGUUCUUAACCUGAGGUACCACUUCAGCUAAUGGGGCCUCUCGCUGCCACCGCGCUCAUCCUGAGGUGAAGUUCUUAACCUGAAGUACUACUUCCAGGUUAGCAGAGUCUGUAACCCGAAGUGAUUGUAAUCUGAGGUACCACUGUAACUCCUUUCUCAGUUUUCUGACUGCAAAAUUCUAAAUAAGUUUGAAGCUGACUCAAAGAAGCCCGUCUGCUUCAUGCGAAGGAGGGACAGUGAAUCAAGUGUGUCCUGGCACUUUGUUCUCCUCUGAGGGUUUUUCAUAUAUGAAUAUUGAUAGCUAGGUAAAGAUAUAUAAUUAGAAUCAGUUGGAAUAUAAUUAGUUGGAAGGGACUACAAGGGUCAUGUAGUCCAAUUCGCUGCAAUGCAGGAAUAUUUUGCCUAACGGGCUCAGGCCCACGGCCCUGAGAUUAAGAGACUUCUGCUCUUCUGGCUGAGCUAAGGGCAUGGUGCGACUGGACCUAAGGUUAGGGUCCCUUUACCUUUACCUUUGGACCACUAUGGCUGGGGGCCUCCUCUUCCCAGGCCCCUGUGGGGCAGUGUGAGGAGGCAGCUCUCUUUGGGGUGGGGUGGGGGGCAGCUCAGAGACUAUGGAUGGUAGCAGUGACUGCCCAGAGGACAUCCAGGGAGAGGAGGCUGAGGAAACUCUCCACAAGGGAAGGGGGUUCGAAAAAGGGCGAGAGGUUGCCAGCUCUGCAGGCAAGGGGUGUCAUAACUGGGCUCUGAGCCCCACAGGGGUGCCGCAGCAAAAAUGUAGUUGGUUGAGGGAGCCGUGGACUCAAAAAGGUUGAAAAUCUCUGUCCUAGUUUAGGUGGGAAUAAGUACAGUGGUACCUUGGGUUAAGAACUUAAUUCGUUCUGGAGGUCUGUUCUUAACCUGAAACUGUUCUUAACCUGAGGUACCACUUUAGCUAAUGGGGCCUCCCGCUGCUGCUGCGCCGCCGCCACAUGAUUUCUGUUCUCAUCCUGAAGCAAAGUUCUUAACCCAAGGUACUAUUUCUGGGUUAGCGGAGUCUGUAACCUGAAGCGUCUAUAACCCGAGGUACCACUGUAAUUUUUAAAAAGCAGGAAAAUGGGGAAGAGUGCAGAGUGUAAGGAAGUCUGGAAAUUUGAGAGACGCAAUUUAAUGUUAUUUAUUUUUUAAUUAAAAGAAUGGUGCUGAUUAAAAACAAGACCACAGCUAUUUUAUCUGUAGAAAACAAUGUGCAAGUCAUAUAUGCAUCUUAUUGACUAUUGACGUUUCCCUAUAGGUACAUGCUGGACGUGAAAAUUACAAAUGUGCUGUUAAUGUGUGACAAUCUACCUGUGGGUUGCUUGUUCAAGUGUUGAUAUUUGUAUGAGCUAUUCUUAAACUUUUUUUAUUUUCUUUUUUACUGAAUCUCCACCCAGCCCCCUAUAAGAGUUGUGAACAAUUGUGCAGAAAAACACAGUCAUUAGAAAGUAAUAAAUAGAAAUUUCCAAAACAACUACAGUGUGUGGUGUGUGAUUAUGGACGCAGAUUUUAACAGAGUGCUUUUUAGAGGCGAGAUUAACACGGUCACAUCGGAAGCCUCCACCCUUUGAUCUGGCCCUAGCUGAUUCAUGUGUGCUUCAGAGUUUGCAAAUGACUGAGUAGAAACUAAUCUGUCUUUGAUGAGGGUGGGGAGUUGCAUUGGUGGACUUUUGGAUUUCAAAUUUCAAUGGCGUCCUAUGUGAUACCAAAAUUUGGUGCUCCCGCACCUCUUGCCUUCCGUUCUACAUCACUGCUGCAGCAUCCUCUCGGCUCAGCAACCCAUGCAGGCGAACAGGUCGUGCUCCCCUAAAUCUCCCUUUCAUCUUUUUCCAUCUGGGGACUGGAUCCCACUUCUGGGCCACUUUCCUGGGGCCAAAAGCUAGUGAUGGAAAGAGUCAGAGAAAAAGCAGGCGGAGCAACGGAAGCAAAUUUCCCCUUUGGCUGAUAACAACAAUGACAUCAACAACAUCAUCAUCAACAACAACAAUAACAACAUUUCUAUACCACCCUUCAUCCGAGGAUCACUGGGCAGUUUACAAUAUAAAAAGACAAAAAUGCACAACAUAGUAACAAACAAAAACAGUAACACCGCCCCCCCAGUAUAAAAGCCCAUAGAAUGUUUAAGUAGCCAAAGGUCUGGGAGAAGAGUAUAUGUAACGAAGGUGCCAGGUGAGCCUCCCUGGGGAGAACAUUCCUCAAGCAGGGAGCCACUGCAGAAAAGGCCCCGUUCUCGUGUUGCCACCCUCUCGCAGAGGCUAGUUUCUGCGCACAUGCACACACUGCCCCUUCUGUCCUCCAUUCAAGCAAGCAAGAGGCAUGAUCAGAGUUGAAGGACACAUUCCAGCCAGGCAAAAAACACCCGAGGGUGAAAAGCAAGACCGGACAGGGGUUGUGGCCUGGAGAGAGUCCCAAGGGCCUGAUAGAAAGGUCUAGAGGGCCACGUUUAGGCCACACCCCUGGUCUAUGACACAGAUGUUAAUGUUACCUUAUUAAUUAUAUAUUUAUUUAACAAAAUUUGCAGCCCGCUUUAUCUGUAAAUAAUAAAAUGUUUAAGCAGUUUGCAAAGAAUGUAACAUCCGUAUUAAAAUUGUUAGUAAAAAAAAAGUGAUGUUAAAAACAAGUUGAUUUUUAAAACAAUGAUAAUGUUAUGGGCAUUUCAGGUUCAUGCACAUUUCUUGCAGCUGAAUGUCCAGGUGGCCGUUGUGGUUGUUUUUAAAAUGUAACAUCCAAAAUGCAACUAUUUAUUAUCUACCUUUCUGUAUUGCUCAGGAGGCAAUGGGCGGUUCACAAGCUCAUAAAACUUAUUUAUUAAUGUAUUUAUUUCACGUGAUUUAUCUACCGCUUGGUUGCAGUAAAACCUCAAAGCAGUUUACCAGAAGAAUAAAACAAUAAAAUCAUCAGUAAAAAACAUUUGUCUAACACAUUCAAAUAAUAAUGUCAGUUAACGAUAAGCUAAAAUCCAGAUUUAAAGCACAUCAGUUUUCUACAAGUCUGGAGAGGGCUGCAAGCACUGAAUAGAGUACAGCAAAGGUGCCUGCCUCUUGUCAAUAGGCCGGGAGUUCCGAAGUUUUGGGUGCUGCCACGCUAGAAAAGAUGGAAUUCUUAUCAAUGCAGAACAAGUAUUUUGCAGCACCUGGAGCAGUGCUAAUUCCGCAAAAUGCCAGAGAUGAAGAAUAAAAAUAAAUAAAGAGAGUGAAAUCUGUGGCAGAUGAAUGCAUCUGGAGUAUAAAGCCACUGGCAAGUGCAAAACUGUAAAAAAAGCGCCACAUUUGUUUUAUUUUCAAAAGAGAAGGACUGAGCAGGUUCCCAGCCUCCAGAUGUGUAACUGCUGGGAGCUGCGUCCUUCCUUCUUUGCUCCUCCAUCUCCUCUUUUCCCUCGUAUUGAAAAACUCCCUUGCGCAAGGAAACAGCGGAAGAAAAGCAGAGCCCUGGAUAGAAGCGAAGCCAUUCAAUAAACGACAGGAACGUAUCCUUGAUUUACAUAAACACCUGCGUUGGUGCUUGCUGAUGCUACAGUUUGAUGUUUGCAUCUCAUGGCUUGACAGGUCCUCUCAAUAAUCUCUCUCUCUCUCACCCCCCCCCCCCCCCCGUUUAGAUAAUUGCCUUUGACGAAUUGCACAUGGACUUCAAGAACCCCAUCGACCAGGGCAACCCAGCCAGGGCAGUAAGUCUAUACAUGUCGUGUCAGAGGUGUCUCUGUGUCCCAUUCAUUCGCCUUUCCCUGCCUCCAGUCCCAUCCUUCGGCAGUCUUCCUCUUUCCCUUGUUGUGCAGACCCAGACCUGGUUUACAUUCAGAAACCAGCGAAAUGCAAGGCAUUGUGAUGGGCAGGAAGCAUCUGCAGGGGAAGCAGGGGGCGGUGCCUCUCUAGGAGUGUGCUUUCCGGCAUCUCAGUGGUAAAGCUUGGCAUUCAGAAGGUCCCAAGCUUACUCGUCGCUCUCUCUACUUCAAAUUUAUUGUGAUUUAUUUUCACUUUUUAUAUCCCACCUUCCCUCCACGGACCUCAGGAUGGCGUACUCACUUUCUCUGUGUUAUCCUCACAGCCACCUUGUGAGCUUUGUGGUUGAACGGAGGAUUCGAACGCAGGUUCUAAGAGACUGAAGAAAAAGGUUGCAAUUUGGGGUUUUAAACUGUGGGGGUAGGACAAGACUGUCUUUCAUUUGAAGCAACAGAUGAAGAUACAGGGAGGAGCCUGGAAUAUCCUCUGAGGGAAAUAAUCGCACACAGAGUACAGAGAGUCACAUGUGUUGUCCUGCCCACUUUCCUCACUGGCUAUGGCUGCCAUUGCCAUGUGGCCCCUAGUCUGGAUGUCCCCGAGGGGAAUCUGGGACCUUUUGCGGUUAGGAAAGUGACAGGGGAAAGUGUUGUGUAAUGAUUAGAGCAUUGGGAGAGACAGUGGUUCAGAUCCCCUCUCAUUCAUGAAACCGCACAGGGUGGUUGUGAGGACAAUAAGUGAAAGUAGAUAAGAGUCAUGGGAAAUAAAUGUAAUAAAUGAGUAAAAGCAAAUCCACUGGAAAGUUUGGGGACGAGUGGAGGCAGUAGGAUAGCCAUCUUUGAAUACCUGGAGGGCUACCUCAUAGAAAGGAAGCAAGCUUGCUUUUCUGCUGCCCUGGAGGUAAAGGUAAAGGGACCCCUGACCGUUAGGUCCAGUCGUGGCCGACUCUGGGGUUGCGCCGCUCAUCUCGCUUUAUUGGCUGAGGGAGCCAGCGUACAGCUUCCAGGUCAUGUGGCCAGCAUGACUAAGCCGCUUCUGGCGAACCAGAGCAGCGCACGGAAACACCGUUUACCUUCCUGCCAGAGAAGGUACCUAUUGAUCUACUUGUACUUUGACGUGCUUUCGAACUGCUAGGUUGGCAGGAGCAGGGACCGAGCAAUGGGAGCUCACCCCAUCGCGGGGAUUCAAACCGCUGACCUUCUGAUCAGCAAGUCCUAGGCUCUGUGGUUUAACCCACAGCGCCACCCGCAUCCCACUGCCCCAGAGGGGAGGAUUCAAAUUGCAGGAAAGGAGAUUCUGACUAAACGUUAGCAAGAACUUUCUGAUGGUAUGAGUUCUAAGGCAGUGGAACGGACUCCCCAGGAGGCAGAAACCUUGAUUGGAGGUUUCUGAGCAGAGGUUGGACGGCCACCGCCAGGGGUCCUUUAGCUGUGAUUUCUGUAUUGCAGGGGACUAGACAACUGAUCCUUGGGUCCUUUCCCACCUUAUAGUUCUAUGAUUCUGUAUCUUGGUGGAUGGAUAGGAAAGCUGAGAUGCCUGGAAAAGGCCCCAGAUUCAGCCCCUGGCAUCUCCUAGCAGGGCUGGGGGAGACCAGCCAUCUGCCAUGGAUGCUUUAGUUUAGAUUUCUGCAUUGGGGGGGGUUGGACUAGAUUGCCCUCUAGGGUCCCUCCCAACCCUGCAAUUCUAUGAUUCUAUGACCUCCUGUCUGAAACGCUCAAAUAAAUAAUAGGAAAGGCCACCGUGAAGCAAAAAAUAGCAGCUGUGCAGUUUAAAGCAUCAUCAAAUCACCUCCUCCCCGCAAGGAUAUAUUUGUUUGAUAACCCCCACCCUCCAAUCUGGGUCUGUAGGGUGAACUCUCAGAGCAGAGACAUUGGACCCUCCGGAGAAGGAGGCAGCGGAGGGGGAAGAUGGGGUGGGUGGGUGGUGAGGAAAGAGCUGUUUUUGAAAGCAGGCAGGGCUGUUGUACUGCAAUUGGGAGGAUAAAAGGUGGCUUUCAUCCGCCGCUGAAAGAGCACAAAGGAAUGGCAGGAGUCGGGAACAUUCAGCCAUAGGAAACCCUUUGAAAUCCCGCCCUGAAAGUGUCGCUCAGCAGCCUCCCCGCAGAAGCAGGGGGAAGCCGCUGCCCCCUCCCCAGCGCUGCGCUGCCUCCCCCGCUCGCGCUGCCGCAGACAGGCUGGCGGAUGUGCCGGCGCUGUUCAUUCAGAGAUAAAUAUCAGAAGAGGGAAGAUAUCAGGAGGUUCUCAGACCAAAGGCCCGUCCAGUCUAGGAUCUCGCGUCCCCCAACCAGAUGUGGAUGGGAGUCGGACAAGCAGGACAUUGGCAUGGCAGCAACAAAUCUGGCUCCAUCUGCACUCUCCAUCUAAAGUAGCGUCACACCACUUUAAACAGCCCCAGAGGAUUCUGGGAAGUGUUGUUUGUCAAAGGUGCUGAGAGUUGUUAGGAGCAGACGCUUCCUCCCCUCGCAGAGCUACAGUUCCCAGAGUCCCCUGGGAAAAGGGCUUAGUUUUUAAACCACUGUGGAAUACAAUGGUACCUCAGGUUACAUACGCUUCAGGUUACAUACGCUUCAGGUUACAGACUCUGCUAACCCAGAAAUAGUACCUCGGGUUAAGAACUUUGCUUCAGGAUGAGUGCAGAUAUCGUGCUCUGGCGGCGCGGCAGCAGCAGGAGGCCCCAUUAGCUAAAGUGGUGCUUCAGGUUAAGAACAGUUUCAGGUUAAGAACGGACCUCCGGAACGAAUCAAGUACUUAACCUGAGGUACCACUGUAUAUAGCUCUGUGUGAGGGGAACAGGGGUCUCCUAACUACUCUCAGCAGCUUUAAAAGUCAUGUUUCCCCCCAGAGGAUGCUGGGAACUGUAGUUCGCGAAGAGUGUGGUUAGGAGGCCCCUGUUCCCCUCACAGAGCUACACAUUCCACAGUGGUUUGAAAAUGAAGCCUUCUUCCCAGGGAACUCUGGUAGUUGUAGCUCUGUGGGGUGAAUUGGGCCCUCCCAACAACUCUCAGCGUGCUUCAGCUCCCAUAAUUCUUUGGGGGAAGCCAUGAUUGUUCUAGUGUUAUGGUGCUUUUUAAAAUGUAUAGUGCCGGUGGAGGUACAGUGGUGGGAAACUCUUUAAAAAAUAAAUGAAUGAAUCUUUCUUCCAUGGGAACUCUGGGAAACGUGCCUACUGUACAAAAGUAAAAAUUAUAUCCAUUGCUUCACCUAAUUGCUUUUUGCCUCUGGCCCCGACCACAAUUGGCAUGUGGCCCCCAGAAUGUUGCAGUGCGGCCCAUGGGGCUGAAAACCAUUCCCCAAGUCUGACUUAACCUUUUCAGAAUGGGAGCUUUGCACACGUCAAACUCCUGUGCGACUCUCUGCGAGGACAGGAUAGUACGAUUGUCCUACGAAAGAGGGCGAUAGAGUUCUCUAUUGUCAGACUCCAGCUCCCAUCAGCCCCAGCCAUGGGCAUAGCCAAGGGAGGGCAGGGGGGCAGCAAUGGCGGAGCUUCGCACUCCAGCCCCGGGGGAGGGGCAGAGAGCAGGCAGGGGCAGGGCUGGCACGCAUCCAGGGGGCGGGGGGGGGCGCUUUCUGGGGGCGGGGAUCGCCUCUCUUCCUCCACCAGUGGGGGCAGCUGCCCCUCAUCAAGUAAAACAAUAGAAAUACUUAACUAACUGACCAAUCACGUCGGUUCUGCCCCCCAACAAAAUUCCUGGCUACGCCCAUGGCCCCAGCCAGCUUUGUCCAGUGGCCUGGAAUGAUGGGAGCCGUAGUGCAACAGCAUCUGGAAGGCCACAGCCCCCGCCCCUCCCCAUCCCUGGUGCAAAGGUUCUGCAGGCCAUUUUUGGCCCUCGUUUAAUUGGCACCGACACUGGUUCCUAGCAGGCCAGGAGACGGCAUUAUAUGAGUAAAGUCCACUAUCCUCUGAGCUAUCCACUUCAUAGGAUAGUUCAAGACUCUUCAUCUUAGGGUUGUGGGUUCGAGUCCCACACUGGGCAAAAGAUUCCUGCAUAGCAGAGGGUUGGACUGAAGGAUCCUUGUGGUCCCUUCCAACUGUACAAUUCUAUGAAAUGGAGGUGCAAGAUCAAGGACAGUUUGGUAACAAAAGUGGAAGUUUUGAAGCAAGGGAAGGAACUAUUAGGUUAGCUCCUGGGCUGUCCCUGAUAACUUUCAAACACAAGAGAGAGAGAGAGAGAGCUGGCACAGUGCCAGGAAGGUGGCACGUCUUCUGGGUUGCCCCCUCCCCUCCUGCAAGUAUAAAUAGUUUUGUUUGACCUCAAUUUCUCUCCACGUGUCACAGGCUCCAGAAGAGGAACUCACGGCACAGGCCAAGGCUAAUUUCCCGUCCCCCGUCCCAUAUCUCUCUUGGGAUUCACCAUGUGGCCUAAGAGGAGGGAAAUUGGGAUUUUGGCAAGUGGGCAAAAUGGCCUCAUGGGCUAAUUUGGACAGGUGGGUGGGGACGGCCAACUGCCAAUCAUUCCUGACGUCACAAUGACACCGGGUUCAGUUUUUGUGCCUCAACUGAUUGUCGGGGCUUGGCAAGUGGGACACCCAGCCAAUAUUUUGGGAUGGGGGCCACGACCCUCACAUGUGAAUUACCUGACAUUUGGAAGGUACGCUAUUUGAGAGUUGGCUCAGCAAAGCACCCCACAAUCAGCUGUGGGGUAGGUAAAACAAUGGCUCGGCCUAGAAAGGGUUUGCUGGUACUAGCAAUGAGCUGAUCGGUGCCACCUGCAAAACCCUGCGCAAGAGGGCUUUUUGAAAAGGCCUCUGCAAGGCCCGACUAUCAGUCUCGGCAGAGCCCCUUUCAAAGCGCAAGACGGCAGGAACAGAACUGGCUGGCUAGAUCGGAAAAGGGGGUUCAGGCAGGGUUCAUGGGUCAGCGCCAAAGGGUGUCUCUGCGUGGAGCCACUGCUCUUGACCUCCCAAACGAUGCAGGUCAGGAUUUGAAGGGCUGCCGCCAGGGCUUACAAAAUAAUUACCACCAAUUAGUUAAAAAAUACAAUUUUGGGAUUAAGGGGCUGCAAACCAGAUAAGGACAGAGCGCUGGAUAAAUGCGAUUUUUGAACGGUUCAUUAUCCCUGUUCGCUGGCAGAUUUAUUCCCCACGCACCCAGAGGAUUACACAGUGUGUUGCGUUUCGAGAAAAGCAACCCGAUGGGCUGCCUGUUCACACGUCCGGUUCUGAUUGCGGUGCUGGUGCCAGGAUUAGGCCUCUGAGGGUCAGCAGCCUUGUCAGAUUCCUAUGUAGCAUGGAGAACUUUGCAUCUUUUGCUCCGGCAGUGGCGAGGAAUAAAUAGCUGGAUCCGACUCUCCUCUUCUUUUUUUUCUUUUAAAAAUGCCUGCGUUGGUUUGAAAAAAAUAUUUUGUGCAUGUUGGUCAGCCUCUCUCUGUCUCUCUGUCUCUCUCUCUCUACCUAGUUGCUUUAGGGCUUGUUGUACAGUGGUACCUUGGGAUAAGAACUUAAUUCGUUCCGGAGGUCCGUUCUUAACCUGAAACUGUUCUUAACCUGAAGCACCACUUUAGCUAAUGGGGCCUCCUGCUGCUGCCACGCCGUUGCUGUGCAAUUUCUGUUCUCAUCCUGACUCAAAGUUCUUAACCUGAGGUAAUAUUUCUGGGUUAGCGGAGUCUGUAACCUGAAGCAUCUGUAACCUGAGGUACCACUGUAUUUUGAAAGUGAAAAGGAUAGUUGUAUGUUGUUCUAAAUUCCUUUGGGAGUAAAGGCAGUGGAAAAAUAUAAUCCCUGUGGUCAGAGUGUCAGACGAGGACCUGGGAAACCAGGGUUCAGAUUCCCACUUGGCCAUGAAGCUCAUAUGGUCACCUUGGCAGCCUAGCCUACCUUACAGGGCUGUUGUGGGGAUUCAAUGAGGAGGAAAAGACCCACGUAACCCUCUUUGAGAUCCUUGGAGAAAAAAGGUGGGAUACAAAUGCGUGUUUGUGUUUGUGUUUGUGUGUGUAUACAGUGGUACCUCGGUUUAAGAACUUAAUUCCUUCUGGAGGUCCGUUCUUAACCUGAAAGGUACCACUUUAGCUAAUGGGGCCUCCCGCUGCCACCACGCUGCCGGAGCACAAUUUCUGUUCUCAUCCUGAAGCAAAGUUCUUAACCCAAGGUACUACUUCUGGGUUAGCAGAGUCUGUAACCUGAAGUGUCUGUUACCCGAGGUACCACUGUAUAUGUAUCCCCAAUCUCAGUAGACCUAGUGAAAGGAGUCUACUCUGAGUAAGACCAACAUAUAUAUAUAUAUAUAUAUAUAUGUAUGUACGUCGCUUUUUACCCCCCCCCCCAUGAACUCUAAGCAACUUGUGGAAAACAAAGAUUAAAAAUAGAUAACAAGGAAGGAUAAAACCAACCUAAAAUGGUCAUAUUAAAAGUACUCCUGGAGAUGCCGGGAAUUGAACCUGCGACCUUCUGCAUGUGAGGCAGAAGCUGUGGCGCUGAGUUAGGGCCCACCCCCUAAAAAUAAAGGAAGAUUCCCCUUCUCAUGGUUCUAGGUGGGCUGGUUUAAAAAGGAGCCCAGGAAGCUGUGUUAUACUGAGUCAGACCACUGGUCCACCUAACUCAGUUUCGUUGACACUGACUGGCAGCCGCCUGACUUGGAGAGUUCCAUGGGUUGAACCCAGGGCCUUCUGCAGGCAAAGCAGAUGUUCUGCUGCUGAACUAUGGCCGCUCCCCACAUCAGAAGGCUUUUGCAGGGCCAUCUUAGCAGAAGCACAAAAACAUUUUGGGUGGGGGGGAGACCAAAGGAAUGGGGAACAGGAAAUGACCCACGGCCCAAUAAGGACUCAUCAGCAGGUUCACUGGGUGUGGAAUGCUGACUGUUGGGGGGUGGGAAUGGAAAUGGAGGAGGAACGGAAUGGAGUAUCCAGGAAACGGGCUGAUCUGCCUGGUUAGCUGGCAUCCACAAUAGGAGGACUUUGCGCUGCAACCUCCCCCUAUACAAAUCCUUACAGAGAUAUUUAAUGUUCUCUGGUUACAUCCCUGAGGAUCCAUCGACUCUCCCCAUAUCCUCCCCCUCCUCUCUCCAUCUUACCCAGUUGCUCCCCUAGCAGUUUGACUAGUGUUAAUUUCAUUUUUUUAUUUCUAUACUUAGAGAGAGAGGUUGAAAAACAUCGAACGCAUCUGUUGCCUCUUGAGAAAGGUGAGUGCCUUUUUGCUUCUUUGUUUGCUGGUAUCUUUCACCCUCAUUUAACCUUUUCCCUUUGAGAACCGUAUGACACUCUCAUCUCCCUGACGGGCAAACCCGUCAAUUCCAGUUUCUCUCGGUUUCUCAUUUUUCUGAUGUUAAGGUCAGUCCUCCACCUUUCCACAUCAGUUUGUGAUUCCCUCCCCCCCAAAAAAAAUUUCAUGAAAAUUCACCAGAAGUUUAGUGCAAAUUUUCUUCUAAUACACACAUUUUUCAGUGCCAUUUUGCUCAAUAUAUCUAUGCUCUUGCAAGCAGUUCUCCCUAAAACAGCCCAUUUUUCUACGUUAGUUUCAUUAAUAUAUGCAUUUAUAUGCACAUGUUUUUUGCACUUUUGCCCACCGGUACUUUACAUGUUUUUGCAAAGCAUGUUUUCUAUAAUGUUUGUAUUUUCCCAAAUAUAAUGCAUUUUGUAUGUUAUUUUCACACAUACAUACACACACACACACACACACACACACACACAAAAACCUUAUCCUCAGCACCCCUUACCUUACCCUAUAAAAAGCCUUAUUCAGACUAGCAGUUUGCACGACCCACUAAGGAAGAUAAUAACACAAUAAAAUCCAAAACAAUAACAAUUAAUUGCACAGCUAUUCAAAAUGUGAUUAAAACUCUUUAGUUUAAUUAAUUCAACAAAAUGGAUGGGCUGGAUUCAGUGGUAACAGCUUUUCAAAGUCUGGUAGUCAUUCACACUAGUGCCCCUCUGCCACCCUCCCCAAAUAAUCCCGCCGCCUGCCAGAGGGCGCCCAAUUUGAGAACCACUGUUGGUAUUUUUCUACACAUUGUUAAGAGAACCUCAUGGCAAACCUUGGAGAGGUGCAAAUUUCUAAGGCUGUGUUUUGGGCCGCAAAAUAUUGGGAAGCAUUAAUUAGUGUAAUUCAACUUUAAAUGCAAACGGAGUCAAAUUUCUACCCCCACCCCUGCCACACUCUGGGAUGAUCCUCCAGAGCACCUUUAACUCUGGCACCCAAGGGUGUCAGUUGACAAGCCAAAUCAGAUGAGUAUCUAAUUGCUCCCACUUUACCGUUCUCCCCACUCUUUCUGAUGUUUUUGGUAUGUGUGCUGCUGUUUACAUAUCCCAAACUGGGAUAGCUCAGUCAGGAGAGCAUGGGACUCUUGAUCGAAGGGUCAUGGGUUUGAGCCCAACGCUGGGCAGAAGAUUCCUGCAUUGCACAGGGUCCUCGUAAAUGACCCUCGUGGUCCCAACUCUACAGGUGAAACUCGAAAAAUUAGAAUAUCGUGGAAAAGUUCAUUUAUUUCAGUAAUUCAACUUAAAAGGUGAAAUUUGGGGUUUUCGUCAGCUGUACGCCAUGAUCAUCACAAUUAUAACAAAUAAAGGCUUGACAUAUCUCGCUUUGCAUGUCAUGAGUCUAUCUCAUAUAUUGGUUUCACCUUUUAAGUUGAAUUACUGAACUAAAUGAACUUUGCCAUGAUAUUCUAAUUUUUCGAGUUUCACCUGUACAAUUCUGUGACUCUAUGAAAACUGCCCCACCCAUGCAACAAGGGGGUUAUCAGCAGACAUGUGGGAAGAACCUGGAGCUUUGCAGGAUUACAAAAAAAAAAAAAAGUUAAGAAGAAUACUCUAAAGGGGUGGUGAGCCCCCCAAAACUGUCCAGUGAGGACUGAGUAUAUUCAGUGGCUACAGAAUGCUGACUGAUGGGGGGGAGGUGGAAAAGAAAAAAAACAUGGAAGGAGAAUAGAAUGUAGUGACUAGGGAAUCUAAAAUAGGGAGGGCUCUGUACUGCAACAUUUAGAUGCCGUUCUCACUUGUCAAGACCAAGGGCACACCUACAUCCAUUUAAAGCACUGUGAUACCACAUAAUCAUAAUAAUAAUGAUAAUAAUAAUAAUAAUAAUAAUAAUGAUAAUAAUAAUAAUAAUAAUAAUAAUAAUUUAUUCAUUCAUUCAUUCAUUCCCCGCCCAUCUGGCUGGGUUUCCCCAGCCACUCUGGGCGGCUUCCAGCAAAAUAUUAAAAUACAGUAAUUCAUCAAAUAUUUAAAAGGCUUCCCUAAACAGAUGUCUUCUAAAAGUCAGAUAGUUGUUUAUCUCCUUGACAUCUGAUGGGAGGGUGUUCCACAGGGUGGGUGCCACUACCAAGAAGGCCCUCUGCCUGGUUCCCUGUAACUUGUCUUCUUGCAGUGAGGGAACCGCCAGAAGGCCCUUGGCGCUGGACCUCAGUGUCUGGGCAGAAUGAUGAGGGUGGAGAUGCUCCUUUAAGAGUCAUACCCUCCUCACAAAGAACCCCGGGAACUGUUGCUUGUUAAGGCUGCUGAGAGUUAUUAGGACACCCUUCCUAGAGCUACGAUUCCCAUAGUGGUUUAACAACCCACCCAUCUUUCCAGAAGAGCUGUAGCAAAAUAAGGGCGACUGGGUGCCCUACUUUCCAGUUCUAUGUUCGAAGGACUUCUCUGCUUGAAGGUCUUUAGGGUCUAAAUCUGGUGGGCAGGGUGGGGGCAAUUGGCCCACAGGCUCGGGAAGAUGGGAGUUGUAGUUCCAACAACAUUUGUGGGACACCAGGUUUUGGGGGAGGCUGUUUUUAAUAGGUUUUUUCCUUUUAUCUGCUGUGUGUCGCAAUGAGUGCAAUAUGUGCCCAAAAUAGCCUCACUUUUUGACCAGAGGGUUUCUCUUGCAGCUCGUCGUUCCCGAAUAUUCCAUCCAUGGCCUUUUCUGCCUGAUGUUUCUCUGUGCAGCUGAAUGGGUGACUUUGGGACUUAAUAUCCCGCUGCUUUUCUACCACUUGUGGAGGUGAGGCUGAGCACCAACACGGCCUAAGCACACCCCAGUGCUUCCAUGCUGCAGUUCACGACAGGGAGAUUGUAGCCUUCCACAUGUUGUCAAACUGCAACUCCCUCCAGCCCUCACCGUUGGACAUCCUGGCUGGGGGAGACGGGAAUUGGAGGCCAACAAUAUAUUGGAGGUUCGUCGUCCCUGGUUUACAGCACUGGGAAGGAGUUUGACACCAGAAUCAAUUUCUACAGCCGCCAGGAAGACACUCAAAUCUUUCACUUCUGUUUUCAGUUAACCACAGUUUAGUGUUACUGUACAUCCAAACCGUAAACUGUGGUUAUUUUUUAACUUAGAUUUGUUUGAAACAAGCCAGCUUCAGAGAUCAUAAUUUGAAGCUGGCUUAUUUCAAGCAAACCAUAGCCACGGUUUUGGCAGUUUCAGACAACACAAGAUGAAUUGCAAUUAAUUACAAAUGGAAACUGUAGCCGAUAUAUAAAGGUAAAGGGACCCCUGACCAUUAGGUCCAGUCGUGGACAACUCUGGGGUGGCGGCACUCAUCUCGCUUUAUUGGCCGAGGGAGCCGGCGUACAGCUUCCGGGUCGUGGCCAGCAUGACUAAGCCGCUUCUGGCGAACCAGAGCAGCACACAGAAACGCUGUUUACCUUUCCACCAGAGCGGUACCUAUUUAUCUACUUGCAUUUUGUGCUUUCGAACUGCUAGGUUGGCAGGAGCAGGGACUGAGCGAUGGGAGCUCACCCCGUUGUGGGGAUUUGAACCGCCGACCUUCUGAUCAGCAAGCCCUAGGCUCUGUGGUUUAACCCACAGUGCCACCCGCAUCCCUAUAUACCUGCCGAUAUAUAACUUAUGUUAAAAGAAAGGAAAGUUGGCUUAUUCAUUUUUUGAAAUAUAGCACUUGGAUCCCAGGACUUACUGUGUUGGGUGCUGAACUGAAGUUUGGAUGAAAUUAAAAACAAAAAUACACACACACAUACCAUAAAACCUGACACAGGUUUUUAAAUUGUGUUAGCUGUGAAACUUGACCUGUUUGCAAAACAUAAAUAAAUAGCUUUAGGGGAUCAUCUCAUUCCCUGCACUGGGACAAACCUGUAAGGAUAGUUAGAUUAUAGUCUAUUUCUGUACAUCUCUGUAGGUUUGAAGUUGCAGCCCAGGAAAUUGAUGCUUAUAGAAACUUGUGCAGGAGGGGGGAUGCAGGAAGCAGGAGGGGAAGGAAGAUUGCCCUUUGCCAGCAGAAAUGAAAUAUUUAAAUUGUAUCAUUAGACCAUACCUGCACCAUGUUUCUGGGUCUGAGAAAACAGGAAGCUGAUGUAUACACAGACUAUUAAUCCAUCUAGCUCACAAUUAAUCUACUUUGGGGCCCUCCAAGUUGUUGGACUCCAACUUCCAUCAGCUCCAGCCAGCAUGGCCAACAGUUGAGAAUCCCGCAAGGUGACAGGUUUCUCACCCCUAGCCUUGGAGGAAAGGCAGGGUUAAUUGUAAUAAUAAAUAAUGCCUUGCCUGACUGAUCAGGGACCACUUUUUUUGCAUAUGUCUUAUCAAGAGGUUUUCAGUAAAUGAAUUUAAGCAGUGAAUUGGCUCAAAUGUAGCAGAUCUUCUUUAAGACAACCACCACCUCCACGAGAUGGAAAUUUAGGGGAGAGAUUGGACAUUUUCACUCACCUCUUUUCCUCCCCCCCUGCCCUCCAGGUACUUCCACCGCCCAGCAGAUGGCUCAGAAGUGAUGUACGACGCCGUCUCCAUCAUGAAUGCCGAUAUCUUAAACUACUGUCAGAAAGAAUCGUGGUGCAAACUGGCCUUUUACCUGGUGUCAUUCUUCUAUUACCUGUACAGGUGAGUUUCGUGUGGUCAGCUCUGAUUUUAGAGAGGCGUUUCCUUUGGGAAGUUGAGGGGGGGGUUGGGUGCUGCUGCAGACUCACUAUGCGCAAUAACAAUCUGCUGUAUAGAGGAUCCUCUAUACACAAUCUUUGAGGGCACAAUCUUUGAGAUCCACGGGGCUGCAGAUUUAACUGGGCUUUAAUAAAGGCGAUCCUGUCUCUCCGUUUCCGUGCAAAUCCUUAAAAUGAGAAGGUAGCACCAAAGGAGUUCUUAUACAAUGCUGCUAUUUUAGAAAUGGAUGUUGCUGCUUUGUCCAUUUGAAGGGAUACAUCAGAUAAUCGGCACUUCAAAAGCCUUUUCCACAAGCUCCACCCCAGCUUUUAACUUACAGUUCAGAAAAGCCUAAUUUCCCCACUGGGGAUGAAAUAAACUGCUUCCAAUGUCCGCAGCUACCUGAAGAGGACAACACGGCUACUAAAAAUAAUUUUUAGGCAGAAAUCUGCUAUUAUUUUUAUGUCACUGUAAGCAUUGUCGUUGUUACUGGUUCAGCUGUGUAUAAGAAGUAGCCCAGUGUAGAAGAAAUACAGUUUUCAAAAACUCAUUUCUAGUAUAUAUGGACCACUUUUCACCAUAAAUGGUCUCAAAGCAGUUUACAGAUGAAUCAAUAAAAUAACGCACCAGAGGUCUGGAACCCGUGACCCUCCAGAUAUUGUUACUAAAUGGGAAAGGGUCGAGGUAGCUCCAUGCUCCUUAUAAAUCCUUUUUUUAGAAAAUCAUUUUUAUUGAUUUUCCAAUAAAAAACAUCCAAAUAAAUAUCCAAUCAUAAUACUUCAAUUAAAAACUAAAAAACUAAAAUAAAAAAGAUCAAAUUAUAGUCCAAAUUGUAUUUAUUAAUUUCUUGGGCCUCCCCACAGUCUGGAUCUCUGGAGCAUAUCUCUGCAUCUUAGUCCUGCUUCUCCUUGUUGUCUCCAUAUUUUCCACAUCUCGAUACUGUAUUAAUGCUUGGUAAUUUUUGCUCCUUAUUAAUCCUAAUGCGUAGCUUGCUUCUUAGCUACUAUUAUUAUGGGGGGGGGUCCUGUGAUCUUUGCUGUCUUACUCCUGACUUUGGUGACGGCUUCUUCUCUCCUUCCUUCCUCGCUUCACAUUCCUGUUUUCCAGUAUGGUUUAUACGCUGGUGAGUUUCUAA